AUGCGCGAACUGGCGGAAAAGAAGAUCCGCAAGAGCUACCCUUACUUCACUCCACGAAAUGACUGGGAAGUGCUCUAUCUUAGCAAUGCCCCAUAUUCCGGCUCCGAGGCUGGGAUUUACGAGGUGCUUGACGAGCUUCUGGCCAUGGAGAUAGAAGACACAGGUUCGUAUGAGCAGGUAAUAAAUGACGCAAAGGAAGCUUUGGACGAGCUCUUGGACAUGACUGGGUUCAAACCAAGUCCAGGGGACCCGCAGGUCUUUGCCCGGCCUCUCCCCGGAAGCAAAUACUCCAUCCGCCUGUUCUCAGGAAACGCCGAAAGCAAGGACUACUGCCUCGACUUCGUCCUUACGUCUACCGGCGAACCGGUCAACUCUCCAUUCAAAUUCGACCUCUUCACCAUUCCUGACCCGGACGCGCCAGCGGGGUUCGCGCCGAUCAUGCGCAUGACCCCUCUCGAAUGUUCGUUCGGGAUCCCGCAACACGAGAUCGAGCCCGGAGAGGAGAAGUUCCUCCUGCACGACGGCCAACACUGCCUUCUACGUCGACCUGGGCAUCGGGAUGUGCGGUUUACGGUACCCAUCCGACGCCGCCCCAAACCCACUGCCAAGAAGAUACCCGUCGACGCCGACAUUCUUGAUUUCCCUCGGUACAUUGAUUAA